CGACGGCGGACGUCCCUCGGUGGCCUCUUGUGACCAUCACGCAGCAGACGCAAGCAUCCCCGUCUCCCCGACGAGCUUGGAAAGCAGCCGCCCCGAUUUGGUUACCCCGCUUUUGCUCGCUUUGCGACUUCAUCACGUGUCGAGGGUUGAGACUUCCCGACUCAUUGCAUGAGAGAAGGAAAAGGAGUUGCGUGUUCUGGAGUUCUGGGGCUCUAGAGUUCUCCGAAUUCGUCUGGACAAUUGUUCUAUCUUGAACGGCUCAUUGUGUCGGUGAAAUCAGGACAUUCGAGGCCUUCAUUGCUUUUCCUUUUGAGAAAUGUCUGUCACAACUCAGCUUGCGCCUUCCCUCUCGUCAUCCUGGAACAUAGAAAACCGGCCCUCACCCUGUAUACGAGACUUCCCUCCCGAGGCGUCUAUUGUCCUCGUUGGAUCCCGAGGGUCUGGCAAAAGAACCCUCGGCUUUAUUGGUGCCACUCAUCUUGGUCGCCGUCUGAUCACGGAAGAUCACUGCUUCCAGGAGGCAACAGGCACUACACGAGGUAUCUUUCUUCGUCAAUAUGGAAACCAAGCAUUCUACCGGAAAAACGUCGAGGUUCUGAAGCAGAUGUUGGACAAUCACAGGACUGGAUGCAUUAUCGAAUGUGGGAUGGGCAGUCUGUCAUAUCCUGCUCAAAAAGCGCUAGCAGAGUACUCGAAAACGCAUCCCGUCAUCUACAUCACUCGAGGAAGUCACAGGAUAAAGUCCCUGUUACGACUUGGGGAUGAAGAAGCUGCUCGUCUCGAAAUCGCGGAUUUAGCCCACCGGAAUUGUUCCAACCUCGAGUACUACAAUUUAUACGAUCCAAGCGGUGAUGGAGCUGAGACACCACCAGAGAAUGGGUUAGGAAAUGUUUCUUCAAGACUUAAAUAUGCCAAAGAAGAUUUCUCCAGCUUCCUCGAUCUCUUGACUGGCCAGGGGGUUAUCCGGAGUGGCUUUGAAAGCCCUUUUUCUAUUGCGGCCCUUCCACCGGAGUGCAGGUCAUUCACUUACGCACUAUCCUUACGACUCUCGACAAUACCCGCAAUAGACCUCGUUGAACUGGAAGCUGGAGCUGAUGCUGUACAAUUGAAGAUUGAUACUUGGUCACCUGAUCUUCAGAAAUUGAUCGGCAAGCAGGUUGCAACCAUCAGGAGAAAUCUUGGAGUACCUGUGAUUUUCCAAGUCGAGAACUAUGCCUUUGAGGGGACACAACUCACUAUGGCGGAGAGGGAACAUGCCUAUUUCAUUCUCAUGGAAUGGGCUCUUCGACUCGCAGUCGAAUAUAUUAUUGUCGACCUAAAGUAUUCAUCUGAACGAGUCUCUCAUCUCGUCCGAUCUUCGGGCCGGACGAGAGUUAUUGGACACUACCUUUCACGAGAUGAGAACCCUUGGGGAUGGGAUGAAGAUACUAGCAUGACCGAGUACAACAAGGCCAAAUCUCUGGGCUGUGAUAUCGUCCGAUUCGUGCGAGCAACAUCAAAAGAGAGCGACAAUGACUUUGUUCGGGCAUUUGUGAACAGGAUCGAGUCUAUACCGGAUCAUCUGCCGAUUAUUGCUUACAAUCUUGGAGACCAUGGACGCCCGUCACUCGUGGCCAAUAAGAUCUUCACACCCGUCACUCAUCCGAUUAUGAACACUACUGUCAGUAAGAGUCAGAUUCGGCAAUUUCUUCCAACUGCCUCGGAAGCCAUGCAGGCUCUGUAUCAGUCGCGAAUCCUGGACCCGCUGCACUUUUACCAUCUCGGAGCCAGUGUGUUCUACAGCUUGUCGCCCGCCAUGCACACUGCUGCGUACCAAGUCUGUGGGAUGAGUAAUGAUUUCCAAUCGCUUCAAGUCUCAUCACUUGAAGAUAUUCAUCGGAUUAUCCAUGACCAAAACUUCGGAGGCGCCGCCAUUACACAGCCUUUCAAGGUCCAAAUAUUGAGCCGAAUAGCAGCAAAGAGCUAUCACGCCAAGGCCAUUGGAGCCGUGAAUACUCUACUUCCCCUCCGCACGUUCCAAAAUAGCAGUCCUCUGGAUGGGAGUACGGAAUCGCUUCUCCGGCAAGCUAACCAGAGAUGCAAGGCUGGACCAAUAGCAGCUUACUAUGGAGACAACACCGAUUUUAUCGGAAUCAUGACCUGUAUCAGACGAAACAUGUCUCCAAGAAACGCCAUCCAGCCCUCUAAAACGACCGGCCUCGUGAUUGGGGCAGGCGGAAUGGCUCGAGCGGCAGUUUACGCCAUGAUCCAACUGGGCUGUCGGAAAGUGUUCAUCUGCAACCGCACAGUUGAAAACGCAGAGGCUGUCGCCAGACACUUCAACUCAUGGGCCUCCGGACUCAGCAGCGAUGGCGAAAUAGUGCGUGUCCUGAGAUCUACCAACGAAGACUGGCCAGUAGGUUAUAGACAGCCUACCAUGAUCGUCUCUUGUGUCCCAGCACGGAGUGUUGGAGAUCAUGCUCCCGCGAAUUUUGAAAUGCCAAUGCAGUGGCUCGGAAGUCCGACUGGUGGAGUUGUUGUUGAGCUAGCAUACUUGCCUCUGGAUACACCCCUGUUGAAACAGAUCCGACGUGUACGGGAGGAGGCGAAACAGGCAUGGGUGAUUGUGGAUGGCUUGGAAGUCUUGCCCGAACAAGCCAUAGCUCAAUUUGAGCUAAUGACCGGAAGGAAGGCGCCAAAGAGAAGGAUGAGACUUGAAGUUCUUCAGAAUUAUCAUCGCUAUGAGGAGUAAAAUACUGGAUCGGUAUAUUGGAAACAGUACAUAAUUGAACCGAGUUCAGAAGAAACACGGGAACACUUGAAUUGCUACGGAAACUGGAGCACCAGGAGUUCUAGAUAUCAUGGAAUCUUCAGACUCCCAUUUGAGCGACUGGGAAAUUGUACAGUAGGAUAUGUUAUUCAAAGCAGCCCAGUCGCCAAUAACAUGUGAU